AUGGAGGCAGGCACGGCACAGGUGGGGCGCAGGUUGGGCGCAAGUAGGGGCGCAGGUAGGACGCAGAGAGCGCUGCAGGCGGACCAGUACGAGGCAGCGCAGGAGCUAAGGGAGAAGAUCGCGGAGAUCGACAGAGAGACAAGAGCGCUGCAGGCGGACCAAUACGAAGCAGCGCAGGAGCUACGAGAGAAGAUCGCGGAGAUCGACAGAGAGACGGCGCGGCAACGAGACGCCAAAGCCGCCAUCUCCUUCGCCUCCGCUGCGCCUCCUUCCCCUAUCCCCUGCGCUAACCACGCCGCCGCCCCAACCGCCGCCCCUUCCGCCGCCCCUUCCGCCGUCCCCUCCGCUGCCCUUUCCGCCGCCCCUGCCUCAUUCUACGCCAUUACCUUUCCCCACCCUUAUUUUUCUGCCUGCCCGCUGUGCAGAGAGGAGCUACAGCAGGCAGCAUACGGGGGAAAAACAGGGGAAGGGGAAGGGGAAGUAAAGGCCGUGAGGUGUCGCUUUCAGUUGGGGCAGCGCGUGCAACACUGCAGGCACGCCUAUACCGCCGUGGUGGGGGGCGUGGAUUCCCUUCUAUACCGCCGUGGUGGUGGGCGUGGAUCCCCUGUGCUGCGAGCGGGGCACCGGGAACUAGUCCGUUCAAUUCCUCUUUCUUAG